AUGUCUUCUAUCUCCCAUCUCCUGCCGACAAACGUCCGGUCAACCCGCCUACUCCCCAUCGCCAUCCUCCUCUUCCUCCUCAUCCUCUUUCUGCCGUCGCUCCUUCCAAAACGCGUUGGCCUCCUUCCAUCUACUCCGUCCCACAAAGUCACUGUUUCUUCCGGCGGAACCCUGACACACGAAUCUCGGGAAUGGCUGGGCAAGAGUGUGUCCCUACAAGACGUGCUGGAGAUGGGCAGAAGGAGGGUGGAAGUGAAAGUGAAAGCGUACGAUGCCUUGGGGACUAAGAAGCAGCUGGGGAUUGAUAUCCCCAAGCACCUCUCCAUGGAGGAGUAUACACAGCAACUCAAAGAAAGCUGGCAAAAGUGGUUCAUCGCUCCCUCUUCAUCAGCCUUCUCCCGCCACACCGCCCCAUCGUCUCCUACUGACGACCUCCUAAAGCACACUCUCUCGCACCUCAGCCUGGUCCCGCCCGAGCUCCUCCCAUCGUCACAAGCGUCAAUACCCCGGUAUAUCUACACGACAGACUUGAAGACACCGAAAGAACUGCCAGAUCAGUUUACGAGUUGGAUCACGGAGAAUCCCGAGUGGACGACAAUGUUUGUCCGGGAUGGGGAUAUUGACGGAUGGCUGGAACAAGCUGUGGGCGUUGCGCCUGGCUCCAGGCUAGGCCAGAGUCUGGAACAACAAGAUUCGGGAGAGGGGGAGGAGCCAGACAGGAAGAGGAAGAGGACAGUGGGAGUGCCGAGAGUGGUGGAGGAGAUGGAAUGGCUGAAAGCGGAUUGGGGUGUUGUGAGAGCUGAUAUGUUCCGGUAUCUGAUACUGCUGAUAAACGGCGGCGUCUACACCGACACCGAUACCGCCUCGGUCUUGCCACUCGAAAGAUGGGGUGUAUCGCAAGAAACCUACCCACCCGACCCUCUUCUGCGCUCCUUGCCCCACCUCGUGUCUCUCAUCUCCUCAUCCUCUUCAUCCUCCCCGCCACCACCACCUCCAGAGGACGAGACCGAACCAAACUUGAUCGUGGCUAUCGAAGUCGACGCCCUGGCUACCAAUGCAAAUUGGCAGAGGCAAUCUUUCGUUCGAGGAUUGCAGGUGGUUCAGUGGACGAUUGUCGGAAAGAGGGGGCACCCGGUUUUCCUGGAUGUGAUCGGGCAUGCGUUGGGCUGGGGAGAGAAGGUCAGGGCGGAGGAGCAGCGGGGCAAGCGAGACGGGGAGGCGGAAAGGGAGAAGAAGGACGGAGAGAUUCUGGAGUGGAGUGGACCGGGAGCAUUGUCUGUCAUAUCAUUACCGUCCGUGGACAACGAGCUGAUGUCGUGUUCAAGCACGGAUGCGGUCUUCCGUUAUCUUCUCGUAAGAUACGGAUUCCACCCCGAUGAGGCUUCGGGCCUGAAACAACCAUUAAGAGUUGGUGAUAUAGUGUUGAUGCCGGUGAACUCGUUCAGGGCAGAUGCGUCGGAAGGGUUCCAGGGAGAUCAUAAAGUCGUCUGGCAUGGGUUCUUCGGCAGGUGGAAGAAGGAAUCAUCAUAGAGGCAGUUAACAUCAUAAAAUCCAGAUAUUUAGAUUAUUCCUUACAGUUAUGCCCGUGUCUGUACAAUACUAGCAUAAUGUAUCAAUAAAUCGCACA